GAAUCUGCACAGUGGGGCAGGACGAAGCCAUUUUAUUAUUUUAACAGCAAAGGUGCAGGUGCAUCAGUAUUUUAUUUUUUAAAUAUACAUAUAUACUAAGUCUUUCCAUUUAAGCUCUCUCGAUACGAUGGGCCAGUGUGGGAUUACGUCAUCUAAAACCGUCUUGGUUUUCCUCAAUCUAAUAUUUUGGGCUGCAGCUGGAAUUUUAUGCUACAUUGGAGCUUAUGUGUUUAUCACAUAUGAUGACUAUGACCACUUCUUUGAAGAUGUGUACACGUUGAUUCCAGCUGUUGUAAUCAUAGCUGUCGGAACUCUUCUCUUCAUCAUCGGUUUGAUUGGCUGCUGCGCAACAAUACGUGAAAGCUCCUGUGGCUUGGCAACGUUUGCUGCCAUACUCCUGCUGGUAUUUGUAACGGAGUGUGUGGUGGUGGUGCUCGGCUACAUAUACAGAGCAAAGGUAGAAGAUGAGGUGAAUCACUCCAUUCAAAAAGUUUACAAUGAAUACAGCGGCACCAACACUGAUGCUCCUAGCCGGGCGAUUGAUUAUGUGCAGAGGCAGCUUCACUGCUGCGGCAUUCACAACUACUCUGACUGGAAGAACACCCACUGGUUUAAAGAAUCCAAGAACAACAGCGUCCCCGUCAGUUGCUGUCAGCCCAACAUCAGCAACUGUACAGGCACGCUCACUCGACCAGCAGAUCUUUACCAAGAGGGAUGUGAAGCUCUUGUUGUGAAUAAAUUAAAGGAGAUUAUGAUGUAUGUCAUAUGGGCUGCGUUGACUUUUGCAUCUAUACAGAUGCUGGGCAUGCUCUGUGCUUGCGUGGUGCUGUGCAGGAGGAGCCACGACCCAGCGUAUGAGCUGCUGGUCACAACCAACAGCUAUGCAUGAAGAAUGCAGCCGGCCAACAAAACACUAAGAAAAUCAACAGGAGCGUCACAGGACAUGUUCACACUAGUUAUCAGCUAUAGUUAUAUAAGCUCAAGCACACCUUGCACAAUUCAUGAUAAAGUAGCGAACACUGACGUUUUGGGUGGGGGCUUCAAGGGAAAACCAUUUAUUUAUUGACAUGCUUUCCAAGUUCCUGUUACUUUUAAACGUUUAUCCUUUUGUUACAAAUACUGAAAUAUUUACAAAAGCCAAAGUUGUAUAUGGCUAAUUGAUUUCUGAUUAUUGAUGUGCAAUUUUUUUUUCUUUAAAUUGUGGCUUCAUAAAAUUUGUGUAUAUGCCCAAUAAGGAUGACGAGAAGCUUAAAUGUGAAAAUAAGACUGGUCGUGUUGUAUGAAAGCUUUUUCUUGGCGUGCUAUUUUGCACCAUGGCUGGAACUCUGGAGAUAUUUAGUGGUUGUCCAAAUGCAUAAGCUGUGUUAAAAAUAACAUGUACUCUGUUACCAAGGCCUUGGUUUGACCAGACAAAUCUUUUUAGCAUAGUACAGAUCUGACGUUUUAAUCUUAGCUGUUCCAUGAAUGCAGUCUAGUUUUUAAGAUUUGCAGAAUAAGAAUUAUGAAUGUUUGGUUUUUUUAGGUGUUGGAGCAGCAUCUCAUUCUCAAAGCGAUGUUUGGUGAAAGAGUUGUUUAUGUUCACAAAUAUUCCGAUUGUAAAUUUCCAAAUCAGGCUUCACUAACAAGGCAUUGCUAAGAUAUAAAUUGUGAAUUAACUAUUUGGUCUCCAGUGCCAUCAGUAGGAGUAUUAUCAGUGUUACCUAAAGAUUUAUAUAUGUAGAUUUAAUCUGUUACAGUCACACAUUUACUUGUUUAGUUUGAUUUGUUAAGUAUAAACCUGAUUUUUAAAAAAAUACACAUUCUUUGUACCUUGUAGUGAAAGUGUGUGCCCUUUUAAUAUUUUUAAGCUGUUAAGUUGAUCCCAUAUUUAGCUAGUUCCACAGAAAAAUAUGAGCGAUAAAAGGAGACAAAUAAACUCAUACACCUCAA